GCCGUCGGCAAAACCCUAAUUUUUUUUUUCUCCAUUACCGAGUCGAAUUCUCGUCUACCGUUAUUUUUGUCCUUCAAUUCCCUCUCAUUUGCAGAGCUGAAAUCCCCCAUAUGAAUUUUAUGUUUAGGGCAAAAGGGUGCGGCGAAUCCCGUGCUUAUCAUCGCUGCUGCCAUGGCCGAGAGGGCUCGACUCCAGGAUCAGCUCCGCCGUAUCGAGAGGCUUAUGAGUUGGAGACUAACUACUUGCAACAAUCAGCGCAAUGUGGAAGUGUGCUGCAGGGUUUUGAAGGAUAUCUAUCCUCAACAAGACGUACAAACAACGUGAGGCGGUCCAAGAGAGUUCCACUUAAAGAUAGAUUGUUCUCCUUGUCAUCAGCGACUUCACCUGCUAACUCUGUUAGCUCCAUUGUCAGUGACGGCAUUGGACGCCGUGACUUGGCGAUCUCCAUUGUAAUGAGGCAAGCAGACCUCAAGGUUGACGGCAAGGUUGGACUUCUCAAGUUGAGGCAACGAGGGUAAGGUCAUAUGUCAAUGGCGACUUGGCAAGUGUUGAAGCAGCAAGGAUGAAAUCUGAAGGUCAGCGAUGAGAUCAGACUUUGUGAGCCUAUAGUGAGGCAAUUGGCUUCCUGAGAUUGUAGCCAGGCUGGUGCAAUUUUAGAGAUCUGCGGCGAUGUCUGACUUCACAAACUCAGAGGUAGUGAGUGACGGGUGGGGGGUGGUGGGGGGGGUCAGACAUUGGCAGUGGAAUGAGUUUGGCCGUUUGAAUUUCGUAACAAGGAAAGACUGCUGUGAUGGAAGGUGAGGGAAGAUGUUAUUUUUAUUUAAUUUUGUUAAUUAUAAUGCUAUAUAUUGUGCAAAUGAUGAAGUUUGAGUGCGAAAUAUGUAAAUUCCAAUGUUUUGUAUACCAUGUAUUUAAAUCCCCCUAUAAAAAUCACCAUCAUA